AUGCAGACUGCUUCCACAAAUAGUUUUGAAAGAGUUGACACCUUUUCCAUCCGUGAAAUUUCCUUGCUACUAAAUAGUCCACGAUCAAUAAGUGGUGUUAUAACAAAGUGGAAGCAACUGGGAACAACAGCAACUCAGCCAUGAAGUGGUAGGCCACAUAAAAUGGCAGAAUGGGGUCAGCGCAUGCUGAAGCUCACAGUGCACAGAAGUCGCCAACUGCCUGCAGGGUCAAUAGCCAAACUUUAUGUGGCCUACAGAUUAGCACAACAACAGUACAUAGAGAGCUUCAUGGAAUGGGUUUCCAUGGCCGAGCAACUGCAUCCA